GAUGAGAAGGACUCUUCUGCUGCAGCUGGCCUCUCUGGCCUUUGCCUCCUGGGCUCUUCUGGCUGAUGGAGCUAAUUUCAAAGUGAUGUCUGCCCCCAACCUGCUGCGAGUGGGAACAGCAGAAAACAUCUUUGUGGAAUGUCAGGACUGCACUGGAGGGGACAUGGUGGUCAGCAUCAGCGUGAUGAACCAUCCCACCAAAAACAAGGAGCUGACUAGGACAUCCGUGACCCUCAACAGGGCGAAUAACUACCAGGGGUUUGGAAAAGUAACUAUACCAACAGCAGAAUUCAGCAAGGAUCCCACUAUGAGGCAAUAUGUUUAUCUUCAAGCCAAUUUUCCAGACAAAACUCUGGAAAAAAUUGUCCUGGUGUCUUUCCAGUCUGGGUACAUCUUCAUACAGACGGACAAGACGCUCUAUACUCCCAACAGCAGGGUUUCUUUCAGGUUGUUUGCCUUGACUUCACAAAUGGAGCCUGUGGGUAGAAAUGAUCAGAGCCAAAAUCAUACUGUGCUCAUCGAGAUUAUGACUCCUGAGGAAAUCAUCACAUCUCUUGAUGUAGUUGCUUUGAACUCUGGUAUGUUCUCUGGACAUUACCAACUUGGUGAGAUUGCCAGCCCUGGACUGUGGAAGAUGGUGGCAAAGUUCGAAAGCAACCCACAGCAGAGAUAUUAUGCUGAAUUUGAAGUCAAAGAAUAUGUACUUCCCAGUUUUGAGGUUAAGUUGUUGCCUGUGGUCCCUUUCUUCUACGUCGACAGUGAACAACUUACCAUCAACAUCAAAGCUGCAUAUCAAUUUGGGAAAGAGGUUUAUGGGACUGCUUAUGUGAUGUUUGGUAUCAUGGAAGACAACGUGAAGAGAAGCAUCCCACACUCUCUCACGCGAGUCCCAGUUGUGAAUGGUGAAGGGCAGGUCACACUGCAAAGGAAUCAGAUCACUCAGACCUUCCCAGGAAUUUAUCAUCUUGUAGGAAAAUCCAUCUUUGUGUCUGCCACUGUGCUGACAGAGAGCGAUAAUGAAAUGGUGGAAGCAGAGCUGAGAGGCAUCCAGAUUGUCACGUCGCCCUACAAAAUCACCUUAACAAGAACCCCCACAUUUUUUAAACCAGGAAUGUCCUUUGAUGUUGUGGUUGAAGUAGUACAUCCCAACGACAGUCCAGCAGAAAAUGUCCCGGUGGUAGUAAGUCCUGGUGAUGUGAGGGRAAUCACAGCAGCCAAUGGGAGGGCAAGAGUCACCAUCAAUAUACCAGCAACGGAUUCCAAUCUGAGAAUCACUGCAAAAACGGACAAAGAUAAUCUUUUACCAUCAAGACAAGCAGCGACUGAGAUGGAAGCGUUUGCUUAUUUGUCCAGUAGCAAGAGCUACAUCCACAUAGCAAUAGACACAGUUGAGGUAACAGUAGGACAGCUUCUGAAGAUAAACCUCGUCCUCAAUAACCUGCUGCUUGCAAAGGAUAUCACAUACCUGAUCCUAAGCAGAGGCCACUUGCUGAAAUAUGAGCGCUACAGAAGUAGUGGCCAAACUCUGAUUUCCCUAAUUCUUCCCAUCACCAAAGAGAUGUUGCCCUCAUUCCGCAUCAUAGCCUACUACCACCCAACCGAUAAUGAAGUGGUGUCGGACUCUGUUUGGGUGGAUGUGAAAGACUCGUGCAUGGGCUCGUUGACCUUGGAGUCAAAGAGGCCGCUUCCGUCCUAUGAGCCUCGCAGGAUGUUCACUCUGAAAGUCACAGGAGAUCCAGGGGCCACAGUGGGACUCGUCGCAGUUGAUAAAGGCGUCUACGUCCUGAACAACAAGCACCGUCUCACCCAGAAAAAGGUGUGGGACGAGGUAGAGCAUCAUGACAUAGGCUGCACACCAGGUGGUGGGAGCAACAGUAUGAAUGUGUUCUUUGAUGCUGGGCUGGUGUUUGAGUCAAGCACCGCUGCAGGAACCGCCUACAGACAAGAGCUGAAAUGCAAAACAACAUCCAGACAGAAAAGAGACACAACAGCUUCCCUAAGUGAAUCAGAUGACAGCUACAUGGACACCUAUGAAAUUGUUUCUCGAACCAUAUUCCCUGAAAGUUGGCUGUGGAUCGACAUCCAACUUCCUGUUUGCCCAGCAGGAAAUCCUAAUUGUGAAUCCACAUCAUUGGAGAGAAAUAUCUUUCUACAUGACUCAAUGACAACCUGGCAGUUCACCGGCAUCAGUCUCUCAAGGACACUUGGUCUCUGUGUUGGCGAGCCAUUGGAGGUUAUUGUUCGCAAGGAAUUUUUCAUUGAUCUCCAACUCCCUUAUUCAGCCGUCCGAGGGGAGCAGCUUGAAAUUAAAGCGAUCCUUCAUAACUACAGCCCAGACCUUAUUACUGUUCGUGUGGAUCUGAUUGAGGAAGAGAACGUGUGCAGCGUAGCCUCCAAGCGUGGGAAGUACCGGCAGGAGGUCAGAGUUGGAGCCCGAACUACACGAUCUGUUCCAUUCAUCAUUAUUCCAAUAAAGGAAGGAGAGCGUAGCAUCGAGGUCAAGGCAGCUGUCAAGGACUCAUUCCUUAAUGASGGAGUUAUGAAGAUGCUGCGCGUUGUGCCUGAAGGUGUACUGACCAAAGUAGUUCAGAGUGUAACUUUAAAUCCAGCUGUAAAAGGUCAAGGUGGAGUACAAGUUGAAACCCUGAACAGUAAUAUUUCCUGGAAAGAUUUGGCACCAAACGCACCAACCAGCACAUAUGUUUCUGUGACUGGCAGAGAACAGGAUUCUGGACUUGUGGAGAAUCCCAUCAGUGGCAGAUCUAUGGGUAAUCUGUUCUACCAGCCCGGAGGUGAGGGUGAGGGGAACAUGAUCCUCAUGACUCUGCCAGUCAUUGCAACCAUAUAUUUGGACAAAACCAAUCAGUGGGAGGCUGUUGGUUUGAACAAACGUAAUGAGGCUCUUCGGCACAUAAAAACUGGAUACAACAACGAGCUAGCGUUUCGUAAAGGCGAUGGCUCAUUUUCUGUGUUUGCUAGUCGUGGAAGUAGCACCUGGCUGACAGCAUAUGUUGCCAAGGUGUUUUCUUUAGCUUACAACUUGAUAGCAGUGCAAAAUGAUCACAUUUGUGGUGCAGUGAAGUAUCUGAUCCUCAACGCUCAGCAACCUAAUGGCAUGUUUAGAGAAGUUGGAAACGUGAUCCAUGGAGAGAUGCAGGGUGAUGUGCUUGGCACAGACUCAGAUGCCUCCAUGACGGCCUUCUGCCUGAUUGCCCUGCAGGAAUCACGCACAAUAUGUGAAGUAACAGUACAUAGUCUUCCAUCCAGUAUAUCAAGAGCUGUCACCUACCUUGAGGGACGUCUCCCCAACCUCGUCAACUCUUAUGCCGUCGCCAUUACAUCAUACGCUCUGGCCAAUGAAAACAAACUUAACCGGGAAAUCCUCUACAAGUUUGCUUCUCCUGAGUUGAACCACUGGCCUAUAUCUGGAAAACAGACAUUCACACAAGAGGCGACAGGUUAUGCUCUCUUGGCUCUGGUCAGAGCUCAGCACUUUGACGAUGCACGGCCUAUUGUUAGAUGGUUUAACCAACAACAGUUUGUGGGUGGAGGCUACGGAUCAACCCAGGCCACUAUUAUCGUGUACCAGGCCGUGGCAGAGUACUGGACCAAAGCUAAAGAACCAGAAUAUGAUCUAAAUGUUAGCAUCUUGUUGCCGGGCAGAUCAAGGCCUGUCAAGUUCAACUUUAACAGAGGAAAUUACUUUGUCACAAGAACAUCUAAAGUUCCUUACAUCAACCAGGAUGUUAAAGUUACUUCUUCAGGAAUUGGAGAAGCAACAGUGACAAUGGUGUCGGUGUAUUACACCAUUCCUAAAGAAAAGGAAAGUGAUUGCCAGAAGUUCAAUCUCUCUGUGCAACUAAUCCCAGUUUCUUCAGGAAUAUCAGAUGAGGAUAGGAAGACAUACAAACUUAAGAUAGAUGUUUUGUAUAAGGACAGGAAUCGAGACGCAACCAUGUCAAUCUUGGACAUCGGCCUUCUAACCGGCUUCACUGUUGACACGCAGGAUCUGAACUUGCUGUCUACAGGACCUGACCGCACCAUUGCAAGGUAUGAGAUGAACACAGUUCUGUCUGAAAGAGGCUCACUCAUCAUCUAUCUGGACAAGGUUUCACACACACAACCAGAGGAGAUCAGCUUUAGGAUCCAUCAGACAUUAAAAGUUGGCGUCUUACAGCCAGCAGCCGUGUCUGUGUAUGAGUACUAUGAGCAAGCACCAUGUGUGAAAUUUUACCAUCCAAAGACGCUGAAUUUAAAGAUCUGUAUAGGUUAUGAAUGCAUCUGUGUUGAAGAGAGAUGCAACAUGCAGAAGCGCUACAGAAACAGCACUGAUGAGCGCAUAGCUAAGAUUUGUGAGAACACAGGGACCAGCAAAAUAGAUUUUGCAUUCAAAGCUACGGUGGAAGGGACUGAUUUUGAGUCGUUUGCAGACUUUUACAUAAUGCGCAUUGUCAUGGUUAUUAAAGAAGGACCGAUUGAUGCAGAUGCUGUUGGUAAACUGCGCACAUUUUUCAGUCGUCAGUACUGCAGAGAAGCAUUAAAUCUGGAAAAAGGCAAAACCUACCUGAUCAUGGGAUCAUCCAAUGACAUUCUCAGAGACAACCAGAAGCAAAUAUUUCAGUAUUUGCUCGGGGAGAGGACCUGGAUCGAGUACUGGCCCUCAGAAGCAGAGUGCCGUCUUAAUGACUACCAACCUACCUGCCUUGGCAUAGAGGAGAUGGUCGAUCUGUACUCCACUUUUGCAUGUCAGCAGUAACUGAACUCAAGGAAAUAACCAUCCAAUUUUAAAUAUGCUUCAUUUUGCAGUUUUUUAACAUCUGC